UCCCAAAGGCGAACGCUGGGUCUUUUCGACGCAGUUCUUCCUCCGAUGAGAAAAUUCGGAAAGGAAACGCGCCCGGUUAAUGGGUGAAAUCUGAGCGCGUGUCACAUUGUUUUCCCCGCGACUUUCCCACAGCUUUCGGCACCUUAUCGAGAGAUAAACAGCUUUUUCAGUAGAUCUCUCGUCAUGUAUUUGCAGAAUUUUAUUUUAAGAGGAGUCUGCAUAUCAAGCGGUGGCUUACGACGCUGCAUGUUCUCGCAUGUAGAACGAGGCUUCGUAGUACUGUCACUCUCCGUAAGCUGCUUCACACAUCAUCCUUGUGCGUGCGUGCGUUUAGUCUCGGUUACAUAAAAGACGGAGGUAGCGACAAGGGAAACUCGUGAUAAUCGUCGGUGGCGGGAGACGCGGAGGAGCCUCAUUGAUCAGGCCGUUGCCAUGACGACGACCCUCCUUCCGUCCCUCCCGGCAGGCGCCCCCGCUUGCCAACAGCACCAUUUACUCCACGCUCCCAGUGGCCGCGCGCACACCACCAAAACACACUCGCCACACAUAUACUUGGUGACACCCCUACCUCCUGACACGCCGACAUAAGAGCAGGCUUGUCACUCUGCGCUGCGAGUUAUUAUCACCACAACGGGAGAGGGAGGACUCAGCUGGGGCGCGAGUGACGUGCAAACGGCAGUGGGCGCUGGUGUUGAUGCUGUUGUCGCGAGUGUGCAGUGCUCAUGUUGUACAGCAGUAGUGCUACCUGGCAAUGUGUGGGAGAGAGACUUGCCACUGUUGUGUGUGGUGUUAUCCGUGUGUCAUGUACAGUGAAUCGUGCCCCGCCUCGCAUUAUCUGUAUUGGUGCUGGUGCUGUAGUUGGCUACGUAGACUCGGCAAGUAAAGCGGACGGGCGUGAUGCGGAUGUACCAGGGACCACUGCCGGCGCCAGGAGGGCUACCCCUUGGGCCCCGACGCAGGGUAUCCGGAUCGCAAACCUCUUCGGGUCGUGGUCAGAACCACAGAAGUGUACCACACAUGCCGCCGGUAUUGCAGCUACCGCCUCCGCGGCCAAACCCAAGUCAGGUUGCAGGUAGGCGAAUGUGAAGCAACAGCCAGUUGCCUGCGCACCGUGCGCCACCUAGUCAUACCUCGACCCUUCAUGCCCAACCGCCGAGGCCGUACGCGCACUCUCGCUUUAACUGUCUACUCCAGAGAAGGAAUUUUGUUGUUUGUUGGGGCUGCAAGCCUAUGCGGCGCUGAUUAAGAAGAAGGGAGGGGGUGAAAGAUUUUGGAGGGAUUUGUCAUUUUAUGUAGAGCAGUUCUUGAUAUGUAAUGUAUUUUUUCCAUCAAUGAAGAAGUAGUGAA